AUGUUAUCUUUUCUUCGACGAAAUAAUCUUCAUUACAAUACACUAACACAUAAACGCAUAUAUUUUUCUUUACUACGAUUUCGGUAUUAUUCUUCAGUCUCUCAAGAUACUGUCUCACCUUCGUCGACUGCAAUUGUCCCCCCCGAAAUUCCAUCCUUUCAACGAGCUUUUAACCUUGAUAAGCCUUUGGUGAUCCUUCCACAGCCUAGUCAACUUAAAGAUGACGGGAAAAUUCUUCCCCACGUUUUUUCAGAAAAUCUUGCUGUGUUGUAUGCAUGUUUAAAAUUGGGUCAGAUCGAUCGUGCCAAAAGAAUUUUAGAGCAUUUAGAAAGUAAAGGCCCUAUGGAUAUGAAACAUCUUUUAGAUAUCAACUUGCACAACGCAUUCAUCGAAGCUUUUCUGGAUGCACCUAUUCCGGAAUUUAAUUUAGCAUUCGCUUGGUUAGAUAGGAUGUAUGAUAGAUGUCACAUAAAUCCUAAUCUGAUGACAUUUGCCAUCUUGGUUAAAGGAUAUUUAAGAAAGAGCAAGGAUUUUCAAUGUACAACGAUGCUUCAAGUUAUAGUUUUUGAAAUGGAAGAUAAAGAUUUUCGAUUUGAACAAUUGAUAGAGAGUAAUUUAUUAUCUGAUGAUGACACCCAAAAAUUACUUGAGUCGUUGAAUUCUGAUAAAGAAUCCAGUCUUUCAAAGCGACUUUUAAAACGGCUUGAAGUCGAAACAACAACCUCUUUGACUAAAGAACCCAUUCCAACAAAGGCAUUUGGUGUUAAACUUAUGAAAAGUUCUCUUGAAGCUCUAAAAGAGAAAGGAACGGAUCAAUAUAAUCGUCAAACUAAACUGGAGGAAAACGCUUUACAUGGUGCUAUUGAGCGUUGGAAACAUGAUUAUGAGCAAAUGCGUAAACGUGGUGAUGCUUUUGCUGGAAUCCCUUCAUUGAGGAAGGCCAUGUGGGCUUGGCACGAAAAGCUAGUCCCUUUAAUUGAAAUGGAAUUGAAAAAAAGCAUAGAGAAGAACAUUGAUGAAGGUAGUGAAUGCAUCGAUUCACAAACUGGAACAUUCUUGCGAUUGUUAAGUCCAGAUAAACUCUCUGCCAUUACGAUAUUGGAAAUGUUGCGUCAAACUAGUGAUAGUGAAGUUAUAGAAGGAAUGACGACAACUGCUGCCAUUAUGGCUAUCGGUAAAUCUGUGGAAAGUGAAUAUAAUGCAGAACAAUUGAAAAAGAAACAGAAUCGUAAAUUGUUUUACAAAGAUUUAAAUAUUCAUGAACUUUUUGCAUCUGGAAAAUUAUUCAAUAUGGAAAUUCGCCGAUUUGCAAGAAAAAUAGAAAAAGAAGAUAUUGAAACAUCAUGGAAACCAGAUUGGGGAUCAACAAUAAGAGUUAAGGUUGGUUCUUUCUUGGCCGCCAGCAUGAUUAAAAUUGCUCAGAUUACUGUCUCGACUACUGAUGCAGCUGGUAAAAUAAUAAGCGAAGAGGCGCCUGCAUUUUUUCAUUCUUAUGAAUAUAAUAGAGGUAAAAAAAUUGGGGUUAUUAAACUCAACCCUCAGUUGAUAAAGUGGCUUUCUAAUGAGUCUAUUAGAGAUCAUUUACAUCCUCGCAUGUUACCAAUGUUGAUUAUUCCAAAGCCUUGGUUGACCUUCAACAGUGGUGGUUAUCUGACAUCUCCAACUCUUGCCAUGAGGAUAAAGGAUUGUCCUGAACAAGUUGCAUAUCUGAAAAAAGCUUCUGACAGCUCACAUCUGGAGCAUGUUUUUGCUGGCUUGGAUGUCCUUGGUUCUACGUGUUGGGCUGUGAACAAGAGGGUGUACGAAGUUGUUCUGAAAAUUUGGAAUAGCGGUGAAGGUGUUCUUGACAUUCCACCUGCCGAUUUAAAACUAGAAAUUCCUAAAAAACCUGAAGACUUUGAUAGUAACGUAAAAUCGAAAGUUCGUUGGAUUAGAACAUGCAGGGAUAUUAACAAUAAAAUACGAAAUAACCAUUCUUUAAGAUGUAUGUAUCUUGAAGAAUCAAUGUACUUUCCUCACAGUUUGGAUUUUCGUGGCCGUGCAUACCCAAUUCCGUCACAUUUGAAUCAUAUGGGUGAUGACUUAUGUCGCGGUUUAUUAGUCUUUAAAGAUGCAAAACCAUUAGGCGAAAGUGGUUUAAGAUGGCUUAAAAUUCAUUUGGCAAAUUUAUAUGGAAAUGACAAAGUUUCAUUUAAUGAACGAGAAGUGUUUGCUAACGAGAAUAUUGCCGAAAUAAUGGAUUCUGCAGAUUAUCCUUUGAAAGGCAAACGAUGGUGGCAAAAAGCCGAAGAUCCAUGGCAAUGUUUAGCAGCAUGCUUUGAAUUAACUGAUGCAAUACGCUCACCAUCUCCAGAAAAAUAUCUGUCACGUAUUCCGGUACACCAGGAUGGUACUUGCAAUGGAUUACAACAUUAUGCAGCCCUUGGUGGUGAUCUUGAGGGAGCGUCUCAAGUAAAUCUAGCACCAUCUGAUUCACCGUCUGAUAUAUAUACAGCUGUUGCUAAAAGGGUAAAAGAAUUAAUCAGAAUUGAUGCAGAGAAGGGUGAUGAAAAAGCUUUAAUAUUACUUGAUCACAUUAAUCGUAAAGUUGUUAAACAGACUGUUAUGACAACCGUGUACGGUGUAACAUUUAUUGGAGCUCGGUUACAAAUUGAAGCUCGGCUCAAAGAAAUCGAAAGUAUACCACAAGAACGACUUCAUGAAUUAUCGCAUUACGUUGCAAAAUGUGUGUUUAGUUGCUUAGAGGAAAUGUUUAAAGGAGCAAAAGCAAUUCAAGAAUGGUUAAGCGAAAGUGCUAAGUGGAUUGCUAAAAGCUUGCCGCCUGAGCGCGUGUUAAAAUCUGCUGAAGAGAUUAAAAAUGAAAAUGAUAAUUUAUCUGAAAUAGAAGUUGGAGAUAAUAUAAAACCUUUAAAGAAAUUCAUAGUUAAAAUUCCGCCUAAUAAAUCAGCAUCAGAUCAAAUGACUGCAGUGGUUUGGACGACUCCACUAGAUUUGCCAAUAGUUCAGCCAUAUCGAAGGCCAAACAAAAGGCAAGUCAAAACCUAUCUGCAAUCUAUUAAUAUUAUAGAUUCGGAAACACCUAGUCCAGUAAAUAGCAUUAAACAGCGAGCAGCAUUUCCACCAAAUUUUAUUCAUUCACUUGAUGCUACUCAUAUGCUUAUGACUGCUCUUUCAUGCAAAGAAAAAGGAUUGACAUUCGCCUCUGUACACGAUAGUUAUUGGUCUCAUGCAUGUGAUGUGGAGAUUAUGAAUAGUGUUAUACGCGAACAAUUUUUUCGACUUCAUAGUCAACCAAUAAUGGAAAAUCUUCGAAAGGAAUUUAUUGAACGUUAUAAAGGGUAUAAAGUUCCAGUUAAAGUGUUACGAAAAGAUUUAGAAAGGCUAAAAUUAGAAAAGGUUGCGAAACUUAAAUUGGACAAUUCCAAGACAAUACCACCCGUAGUAGUAGUAGAUAAUGGAUACGAAGAUACCAUAAAUUUGGACGAUUUGAUUAAAAUGACACAGAAAUCCCAAUCAGAAGAUAUAAAAUUAGAGUCGGAGGAAGAAGAACUAAAAUUAAAGAAAAAAAGACAACCUUCGAUGCGGAAUUUUAUUUCCGUUUUAUACGGAAGGCUAAGAACAUUAGCUGAACCUGCUUACGAAAAAAGAAAUGAGGUUACAAAUAAGCGAGAGAGAGCUAUAAUUGAUGCACUUGCUAGAAUUGAUCGCUCAAAGGAAGUUGACCUUUGUUACGUUUUAGACUGCACCGGAUCUAUGGAAGGUCAUAUUGCUGCUGCUAAAGAUUGUAUUUUACAGGUUAUAAAACAUAUUAGGAAUACAAACCCAUGCAUUAAAAUUCGCAUCGGUUUUUGUGGCUAUCGCGACUAUAAUGAUAACCCUAAUAUACAAAUCUUUGAUUUUACAAAUUCUUUCGAAAAAUUUCAGCGAAAUUUGUCUAGAGUAUUAGCUUUUGGUGGUGGUGAUGAUCCAGAAGAUGUUCUUGGGGGUCUUAAUGCUGCUGUAACUCGAUUAUCCUGGAAUAAUGGUACUAGAGUUCUCUUACAUGUUGGUGAUAAUCCACCACAUGGUCAACGUUUUAAUAAUUUUGGAUUAGAAGACGAUUAUCCAAAUGGUGAUCCAAGCGGUUUAACUGCUGAAAGUGUAUUAGGAAAAUUGCGAUCUGAAAGAAUCCUUUAUUUUUUUGGAAAAAUUACGGAAAAUACUAACGAAAUGGUUCGAAUAUUUCGUAGUAUAAUUGGAGAUUUUUCUGUAUUUGAUCUUGUAGGAGGUGAUCCAAUUCAAUUAGUUAAUAAGUUUAUCAAGGCUACCACUUCGUCAAUUAUAACUUCUGUUUCACUAACAAGCACCCUUGGAAGUGUAACUAGUGGCGCAUAUUCUCGGCAAAAAAUUAACAUAGAUCCUAAUGUACCUAAUUGGUCCCUUCUACCAGAGCUAGCAGGUAUAACUUAUUGUUAUAGUACUCCUACCACUCUAAAUGAACUUAAGGAUCGGAGAUUCUUUAGAAAAGAUAAACUCUUUUCUAGAAAUUACUGUUUCAAGAUUGCUCCGAAUCCAUUUGCUUCUGGCGUUGAAAAAUGUGCUUAUUUUGCCCUUAAUAUUAAUAACGUUUCAUUUCUAUCCGAAAAAAUGGUGAUGAAAAACUACAUUCAAAAUACUUCAACUGAUAUUUUUGAAAAAUAUCUUGAAGCUGUAGAAGUCUCUACUGUGGCUAAUCAUCUUUCCAAAAAAUUUAAUUCAAUUGUUAGAAAAAAAAAUAUUCCUUUUGUAAAUUUUCUUCGUGCAAGCCUUGUGCGUGUUGUCAUUAAUAGCAGAACUUAUUAUUAUAUUCUAGAAAAGGAAUUUCGUAAUGGAGAAUUUAAGCGAUUCAAUACAAAUAGUGGGAUAAUUACAUUAUCCCGUCCUACUCUUGAGGCAUUUGCACAUUUCACGUAUGAACAUACUAAAGGAUUUUUAGUAGUAUGUGAUCUUCAAGGAAUUGAACUUAAUGAUGAGUUUUUAUUAACUGACCCGGCGAUACACUGUGUUGAUUCUUCAAGAUUUGGACAUACAAAUUUAGGUCGUGAAGGAAUCAAUAG